GCCCAUUUGGGUGAGAUUGUCCCUUUAAUAACCAUAAUGAGUGGUUGUUUCUAAUUCCAUUAGCCUGACGGGAUUUCUGUGCAGUGAUGGCAGGGAAGAAUGCCUUGAUCGUUUUUGCACACCAAGAGAAAACAUCUUUUAACAGUGCUUUGAAAGAUGCAGCAGUGGAAUCCUUAAAGAAGACUGGAUGGGAUGUCACUGUUUCAGAUCUGUAUGAAAUGAAGUUUAAUGCUGUGCUUUCCAGAGAUGACAUCAUUGGAAACCCAAAGAACCCUAACCACUUUAAUUAUGCAUUUGAAACUAUGGAAGCAUUGGAGGAAGGCCGGCUUAGUAAAGAUAUUAUUGCAGAACAGAACAAGCUGCGUUCUGCUGACCUUGUUAUAUUUCAGUUCCCUUUGUACUGGCUCGGUAUGCCAGCCAUAAUGAAAGGAUGGCUUGAGCGUGUCUUUACUCAGGGGUUUGCUUAUACAUUGCAGAACAUAUAUGACAAUGGACUGUUUAAGAACAAGAAGGCUUUGCUUUCAUUAACAACUGGAGGCAGUUCCACUAUGUACAGCCCCCAGGGAAUCAAUGGUGACAUUAAUGUUAUGCUGUGGCCCUUACAGAAUGGCAUCCUUCACUUUUGUGGAUUUCAAGUCUUAUCACCACAGAUAUUCUGGAGCCCUGAAGGUUCAUCAAAUAAGGCUCGGACAAAGAUGAUUGAGCUUUGGAAAGCACGUCUUGAGAAUAUUUCACAGGAGGAUCCAAUCCAUUUUGUUCCAACUGCUAUGUUUGACAUGAGUGCCAAGGGUGGGUUUCAGCUGAAGAAAGAAGUCCAAAAAUCUAACACUAAUGAACACUAUGGCCUGAGUGUUGGACAACACUUGGGAAAAGGAAUUCCUCCUAAUAAUCAGUACAGAAGUGAGAAGUAACUACAGCAAUAUUCUAAAGGUGUAUUUUGUGUAUUGAGGACUGAAAUAGGGAAUUUUCAGCAGAAUUUGUAAUGCUAAAUCAGAUCUGAAUGUGAAUUUGGUUUGCUUUCCAUUGUGCACUUUGUUUGAAAUACAGUGUUGUAUAGGGCUUCUUAUCUUAUCAGGCCUGAAGUAGCCGUAUUCAUGAAUCCAGGAUAUUCUUUGUUAUUAUUUUGUAUUGCAGGCAGAGCAAUUAAUUCUGCUUCUUGAAUUUGUGCUGCAAGAUUUUAAAUUUGUAUAACAAAGGGCAGCGGUUAGCUUUUACUGAUUAUCCCAAGUCAAUAAAAUGAACUGUGAUGAUAUACAGAAUGAAAAGCAUAGAUUUUCCCUUUGGCAGCAUUUUCUCUCUGUAUCAUUGGUGGUCAUCAUAUUAAGGAAACUGUCUGCACCUCAGGAUGUGCCACAAUUUUUAAUUGCAUGUUUAACACUGUAAAAUUAUAAAAAAUAUAUAUUUUGGAGUAAAAAACUACAUUAAAUAA